UGUAUUUGAAAAGUCGAUGUUUCUUGCAGAACUAACUUAGACAAACAUAUAACGUGAUUGUUAGUUGUAUUGAUAACAUCUACCUGUGUGUAUUAUAAAUUUCAAUGUGACAUGUUAAUAUUGGGUGAUAUUUGUGUCAGAUUAGACUAAAGGUACCAAAGAAUAGAGCCAUACACCCUCAGCAGCAGAAAUGUUAUAUAGAUAAUUUGUUGAAAUUUAUUGCAGUGGUCAUCUUGUGACAUUACCUCUAUAUUGCGAUAAACAUAUAUUUAAGAUCUACAUAAACCAACAUGGCUGAAAACACAGAUACAAUUCUGUGUAGCAUUUGUUUAAAUGACUUUAAAGAACCCAAAAUUCUAGAUUGUAAGCACAGCUUUUGCUUAAUCUGUCUGGAGGAUUACAUAGAGAAGGUUACAACUGAUAACCACUUCCCAUGCCCACUUUGUCGCCGCGAUAUCACUCUUCCCGGUGAUGGUGUAAAUGAAUUCAAAACCAAUGAUCAUCUUGAAAAGGAGGAUAUUCCAAAAUGUGAUGCAUGUAAAAGUGGAAUUUCCUCUGAAUUUAGAUGUGAAGAUUGUCAUCAGUAUUUGUGCAGCACUUGCAGAAAGGUUCACGACACCCUUACAGUAACCAACAAUCACGUGGUAGUUGAAUAUACUAAAUGUUUAGAGAAAGAAAAUCGAUAUUACACGGAUCCAGAGAAUCCAAGCGGAGAUAACCCAGAACCCACAAUUAAAGAUUUCUGCUCCAUCCACCAUGACAGGAUACCAGAUUAUUAUUGCAAACAAUGUAUGGUAGGAGUGUGCUGCCGAUGUGUUGUAGCAAAUCAUAAUGGACAUAGUUUCGAAGAUUUACUAGAUGAAAAGAUCCAUGAUGAGACUAGAGAGGAACUGAACACAUUAAAAGAUUCUGUGGAAACACAACUUAAAGACCUUCAGAACUAUUCGGAUUCCCUGGCGAGGAUUGUAACUGAUAUUAACCUAUCUUCUAAAGUCUCAUGUAGAAAUGUGGACAAGCAGGUUAAGGAUUUAUGUUCUCUUGUCAAAAAGCUUGGUGAAGACAUGAAGGAUAAAAUCCAGAAGUCUCGCCAAGACCAACUAAAGAAAUGCACAGAAAAACUCGAAGAGUUGAAGACAAUGAUCGAGAAUUUAAAGACCAGUGUUCAUUGUUUUGAGAGUGUACUAGCUGAUGAUUCGACAGUUGAAGGGUUGAAAUGGAUCUCGCAAGUAAAAAAGGAAAACGAAGACACUAGUUUAGAACCAUUUAAGUUACCAGUUGUGACGUACACUUGGUUUGAAGAAGAAAUUAUUGAUGACAGAAUCUUAGGAGAACAACUUGGUAUCUUAGAGAAUCUAGAUGGACCAACAUUUAGAAGUAGUUUUACCGUGGGUAGACCGAAGAUGAUGGAUGUGGAUAUAUACGGGGAUGAGUAUUAUAUCCAAGGUAUACCUUGUCGCAUUAAUGUUGUGAAAGAGGGCAAAAGCAGAGGUCUUGGUAUUCAUCUCUACGUGUAUAUUUCUCAAGACUCAAAUAUUAAAUCUUGCAAGUUUAAAUGGUCAGCAAAGCUUUUUAAUCAGACGAAUAAAUAGCACUCGACAGUAAGAAAGGAGAGUAAUGAGGGUCGUUCGUAUACAUCUACUGUCUCUAGCUGGGGUUGGAACAAUUUUAUAAAACUAAAAACAUUUGCAGAUGAACGGAAUGGCUUUGUAGAUAAAGACGGGGUAUUUUUCAUACAAAUGACUGUUAAAAUGAUUGAGUCUGAACGUUUUAACAACGUCAUAUUUAAAAUAACUUCAAGUUAAACUCUAUGAAAAGGAUUAAAGUAUUUACAUCACUUAAAUAUAAAUUUAAACCACAGUAUUAUUGUAAUGGAUCGGUGUAUUUGUCUCAGAUGAUGAGUAUAGUCUUUAUUGACACCCCCACCUUUAAAUUUGUCCUAUAUUGUCAUUGCAUAAUGAUAACCUUGUUGUAUUUAAAGGAGCGGUCACGGAUAUAUUUUAGUUGUUUUUGCUCGAACACGGCACUACGACCUACUCUAACAUCUAAUUCCAAGGGUUCUUUUACGUGUACGCCAAUCUGUACACGGGACCUUGCUUUCGCCUAUAUCCGUUUUCCCUUGCCAAGCCCUCCAUCCUGCAUCACUGACAAUAGGGCACGACGUCGGUCAACACAGGCCGAAAAUGAGAACACUUGCGAGCCAACGUCUUACUCAUUGAGCCACCGUGACUCCAUAUUGUUUGAUAGUAUAUUAUUGUCUAUGUAUAUAAAGUUUAUAAUCGUU